CUGGACGACAGAUUGGCUGUAAAAACCAGCUAUUCGCCUUAUCGUCUGAUACUUCGUACUUACAGUUAAUUGAGCUACUGGCGAUUUACUGAUUCAUUGCUUUGCACCCGCUAUUCCUCUACCCUAAACCAUAGAUAGAAGUGGGACUACCCUUCGGAACCAAACAGCCGACCAUCUCUGUACCAGCGAUCAAUCGCGACUUGCGACUUGCCUCUCUCUCACCUUCACCAUGAUGUUCGCGCCGCAGUCUACGAGUAUAUAUCAGCAGCAGCAGCAGCAGCAGCAGCAACCACAACCCUCAAACCAAUACCAAUUCCAAUUCCACACAAGCACAAGCACAACACCAUCCACUGAACCCCAACCGCAACAGCAGCAGCAGCAGCACUACAGCACACCCACGCGUCGUCGACCCUCACCACUCACCCCACGCCACCUUCCAUCAUCACCAUCACCAUCAUCCUCCCCCCCAGCAAUGACAAUGAGCAUGAGCGCAACAAACCAAAGCACUCCGAACCCCAGCAUCUUCACGAGCCCACUAUCCGCAACCACCAACACCCCGUACCUCCCAUCCUCCCCGCCAUCCUCAACCUCAACCUCCGGCUCGCCCGUCCAGAAACACCACGCGGCAGGCGAAGGCCCCGGCCCGCUCUUCAGCUUCGCCCCCAAGACCCCAAACCAAACGAACACCCUCUUCACCACCCAAAAUCAAACAAACAUUCUCUCCUCCCCACCCACCUCAACCACAACAAUCAACCCCCGGCGCUCCGCAAACUCCGCAACCCCCUCACGCUUCGCAACCCGCUACACAACCCACCACGCCAACCCCCUCCUAUCCCAGAACAAUAGAAAAUACACCAGCACAACCACCUCCCCCGCCGCGCAAACUACCCGCCGCAACGCGUUCCUGAACCGCGUGAAGCGCGCGCGCGACGACGGCCGCUUCGAGGACCGCGGCGAGCAGCUUGUGCUUCUUGAGGCUGUGGCGGAGCAGCGGCGGUGGGGGGAGGCGAUGCGGAGGGUUGCUGUUCAUGAGUUUGCGGAUCUAGUUGAUUUAGAGGAGGAUUGGGAUGGGGAUGUUGUUGAUGGGGAGGGGCAGAGGGAGAGGGAUGCGUUGGAUGAGUAUAUUUUGGAGGUUGAGAGGGGGGGUUCCUCUGGGUCUGGGUUUCAGUCUGGUUGGGAGGAGGAGGAGGAGGAGGAGGAUGAACGGGAGUAUGAUGAUAUUUUUAUGGAUUUGGUGGGGGAUCAUGGGCAUGCGGUUCAUGGGCAUGGGGAUGGGGACGGGAUGCUUGGAUUGGAUAUGGAUGUUUCGUGAGUUUUUUGGGGGGGAUUGGUCCAGCUGUUGCGGGUCGAUGGUUGGGUCUUUGGUUUGUGGUUUGGUUCUUGUAUAUAGGUUGCUGGUUUCCGUCGUUCAGUCGGGUAUAUAAUGUGUGGUUUUAUGGUUGGAUAAGCAGAUAGGCGCUUGGACAUCUUUACUGUCUACAAUAUC